AUGUUCUUCCAAGGCACUUUGCAGGAAGGUAUCGCCACUGCUCUCCAACAGACUAAACAAGUCCUUUGUUUCGUGACUGACGAGGGAGAUGAGAGCCAGCAAUGGGAGGAUGAGUUUCUGACAGACGACUCCAUCAAGGGUAACGUUGAAAGCCAAACCGUGGCCUUGCGGUUAAAGGCUGGGUCAGAGGAGGCAGGUUAUCUUGAGGCCAUGUUUCCCGUCCCUCGCAAGCCUACCUUGAUCUUGAUUCGAAACGGGCAGCUCAGGGACUACAUUACAGCCGGGACACAAAAGGAGGAAUUCAUUCGGAGACUCGGAGCAGCACUUGAACCUCCUUCUAUCCAACCGUCACACGCUCCGGCGCCUCAAAACCUUGCGCAAAACCAGCCAUCGUCUGUCUCUGCUACACAACAGCCUAUCCAAGAGGACAGUCACGACUUGUAUGGCAAUGAUUCGUCAGCAUCUCCCCAGCCCGUAGCGUCAGCUCUACCAUCGGCAUCUCUGUCGGAAAAUCCGCAAGUGCAAGCCAUGCUCCACGAAAGAUCGAAGCGCCUCGAAGCAGAUAAGCAAGCAAAGGAAGCCAAGGCCGAGAAAGCUGCAAAGGCCAAGGAACGUCGAGAGGCAGAAUCCGCUGCGGCUCCCGCGACCGCAGAAUCAAGCUACGCUAAACAACUCAAAAAGCGCCGACAGGAGGAACGCGACGAGCGACAGCGCAUCCUCCGACGCAUCGAGGACGACAAACGCGAACGCAAGGAGCGCGAGGCGCUGGAAAAACAGGCACGACUCCUCCUGAACGCGACGCAGGAUGGCGACGAUGCCGGCGCCAGUCCUGCCGCAACUGAACCGCCCAUCCCUCUCUCGACCCGUGGCAGUAGCGGAGCCAAUUGCAACUUGCAGGUCCGUCUGCUAGACGGCUCAACGCUUCGCACCCAGUUCCCGAGCGUUAGCACGAUUCAGUCCGACGUCCGGAAGUGGAUCGACGAGAAUCGCUCCGACGGCGAUAACCCCUACACGUUCCGGGUCGUCCUGACGCCAAUGCCUAACAAGGCAAUCGAGCCGUCUGAGGAGAGUCAGACGCUGCUGUCAUUGGGUCUGGCGCCCAGCGCAACGCUAGUGCUGAUCCCCAAGGUUCGGUUUGCGGCUGCAUACGCGGCGCAGGGCGGGAACAUACUGUGGCGUGGGUGGGCAUUUGUGUAUGCCAUGGUCGCUACGUUGUUUGGGCUUCCUGGACUGUUAUUCAGGGGUAGGGAAGGAAGGGAGGCCCAGCACCAGCAACAGCAGCAACAGCAGUAUGAAGAGGUGCCCUUAGAUAACUUGGAUGGAAGCGGAGCGGCGAGGCAGAGGAUUAGGGGGUUCCAGAACCAGAAUGAUAGGAGACGCGACCCGCAGUUCUACAAUGGGAAUUCGUUGAGUUUCGAGCCUCGCAGAGAUGAGGACGAGUCGACUGACUAA